GGCAUUUUACAGUACUCUGCCAAGAGCUGUAGACUCACUCGAUUUUCAGUCCCGAGAACUGAAGACAAAACGAUGUUCACGUCAAUCAGAAAGCCAUUCGAACUCAUAGGUGGUCUUUCAAGGCUUCACCGCACAAGGAAGGUCUCUUCUGUUGAGGUGGACACCCACAGUGAAAGCGUUACAUCAUCUGAGGCUGCCGCCGGUUCCCUGCUUAUUAUCCACAGCCCCGUGGAGCUCAAGAGAGGCUGGAGGAGGCAGAAGCGGUACCUCUUCUUGUUCAGCGAUGUGUUGCUGAUCUCUAACACCAAGUACGAAAAAAACUUCAAGAUAGAAAAUAAAAUACCACUGAAUACCAUGUGGACUGCCAACUGUAUGGACAAAGAGGGACAUGCCAAUGUCCACACUGAAAGGUCCUUUGUCAUGGGCUGGUCCACAGAAAACUUUGUGGCCACCUUUGGCUCUUCGGAAAUAAAGGAAAAAUGGCAUUCUUUCCUUCAAAGGUACAUCAAUCUAGCCAAAGAGAAGGACGAACCAGAAUGCAUUCCUCUAAAAAUCUUCACUGAGAACAUCAAGAACUGUGCCUCUUCUGUAACUGUAACAGCAACAAAUUCAGACACAGUGAAUGACAUUAUCAACAUGUCACUACGAAUGCUAGGAAUAACUGGCUCUGAGAAAGACUACCAGCUGUGGGUGAGUUCUGGCAAGAAAGCGGCCCCACACCCACUCAGUGGACAUGAACAUCCAUCUACUACACUGCUGCCACAAACAUCCGAGGACUCCACCUCUUCUUCCACCCUCCAGGAGUCCCUCCUGGAGCAGAAAUUCACAAAGGUGCAAGACCAGUUCAUCCUGAAGCCCAGACACCCAACCCAGAACCAGCAAGAGAGAGACUCAGACCAGAAGAAAGAUAAAAGGUAUUCUUUCAGAAACUGGGCCUUUUGGCGGCGCCCCAGUACUUGCCACAACAACCAGUGCACAGCCCCACCUUCUGCAAAGCCUGGACAACUCUUUGGAGUUACCCUCACGGAUGUGUGUGAUAAUGACAACUUGCCCUCUCCAAUUCUGGAUAUGCUUUGCUUUAUCAAUCAACAAGGGCCACUCACUGAAGGCAUCUUCAGAAAAUCAGCCAAUAUGAAAUCAUGCAGAAUCCUAAAGGAGAAACUAAAUUCUGGGGACAAAGUGAACUUGGAUGAUGAAUCAGUUCUUGUGGUAGCAUCCGUCCUAAAGGAUUUUCUUAGAAAUAUCCCAGGAAGUAUAUUUUUAUCUGAUCUCUAUGACAAAUGGCUUGGUGUUAUUGAUCAAGGGAAUGAAGAGGAGAAAAUAACUGCAGCCCAGAGACUUUUAGCCCAGCUGCCAAAAGCGAAUGUUGUUCUUUUGCGAUACCUUUUUGGAGUGUUAUACAACAUUCAGCAACAAUCCUCAUCCAAUCAGAUGACGGCUUAUAAUUUAUCAGUGUGUAUAGCUCCAAGCAUCCUUUGUCCACCUAAUUCCUGCAGCUUGGAAUUGGAAGAAAAUGUCAUGAAAAAGGUUUCUCUUGUAGAAUUUCUCAUUGAAAAUUGCCUCAAGAUAUUUGGAGAAGAUAUCACUUCCCUCUUGGGAGAGAACUCAGUGAGCUGUGAUAACAGCGAGAAGGCUGAAGUGACAGAAGAACAACCUCUUGAAUCCAAGCCAGUGAGAGUGAUAGUGAUUUACAAAAAGGCACAACUGCAGAAUGAUACCAAGACCCCAUCUUGCAUGGAUCCACCCAACUACCUGUCUACAGUUACCUAAGUCACUGAAGACUCUAAUCUCCAUAAUGACACUUGACACUUCCUUUUUAUUUCCUAUAAGAACUCUUUUUCCAAUGAAUGAAAAAACGAGCCCCUUCCAAAGUACCAGCUCAUCCCAUUUGAAUUUUUCUUUUCCCUCAUCCCAUAUAUCCAUAUUGCGAAAAUCUAUCCAUAAAAUAUCUCCUCUGUCUUCAAUGCCUAGCAUAUCAUAUUACAUAUUUUAGUAUUGUAUUGUACCACAUAUUUUGAUAUUGAUGUAAU